UGGCCCACAAAUUGCCACCGGCUUGAGGGAAAUAUUCCUGCCUUGCAGUUGGCGAUCACUUCGUUCGCCAUCUCACCAACGUGCACAGAAAAAGAGCAGACACUUCUGUUUUUUCUUCGGCUUCUCGCCGGCCCUUCUCCAUCUCAUCUAAAUACGGCGGCGGAAAUAGGCGAAGUCGCCGACAAAAUGUGUCCCCUCCGGUUCAUUCUCGUGUUCCUUUCAGCCACGCUCGCCGGUUACUUCGCUUGGAAGUCGAUCCGUUCUCCCACUUCUUGCGUUGCCUUGGAAGAUCCCGACAGGGAAGAGCAUUCUGAAGGAGAAUUGAAGAAAUAUCGUAGCGUUCGCGUUGGAAGGAUGAUUGGAGAUGGCUUUUGGAUGGUUUUGGAUAUGGCGAGUGGAAGAUAUCUUUGGAGGAUUAUUAAGGAGAGGUGAUGGCCAAUGAUAAUUUAUGAAGAAUUGAGCCUGGAGUUAUCCUUCCUUUAUGGAGUUGUAAUUAGUGUUGUGUUUAUUAAGUACUGUUAGCCAAAAUUCUGUACUGUGGUAGCGGUUUUUCAUGAUUGGAAUUCUUUGUAUGCCUAUGUAUCAGUGAUUUUGAAAUGAAUGGAUGCUUUUGGUCUUGUGUUAUUA